UGAGAGGAGCUGUACCUGUGCCAAGCUAAAAAGUAGGCUACGCCUCUCAAAGUUUGCCAGUUCAGGCGGAAAGCUUCCAGCAGCACGAUCGUCUGUAAAAGAUCAAAAAGAAGCACUUAUAGUCAUGGGAGACCCAGUAAACAUCACAGAUGAAUCCCAGAGGGGGAACUCGUCUUACAUCAGCAGAGGGAACGUACAAGUUAUGGCGACAGUUGUAUACUGUGUGGCAUUUCUCCUUGGCACUCUGGGAAACGGGCUGGUCAUUUAUGUGACAGGAUUCAAGAUGAAACAGACAGUCAACAUCAUAUGGUUUCUUAACCUUGCGGUGGCCGACUUUCUCUUUACUGCUUUCCUGCUCUUUGACAUUGUCUACAUCUCCAGAGGCUUCGUCUGGCCCUUUGGAGACUUCCUCUGCAAGCUCAAUACCCUGGUUGGAGUGCUGAACAUGUUCACCAGUGUCUUCCUGCUGAUGGUCAUCAGUCUUGACCGCUGCUUGUUAACAUGGAUGGCUGUAUGGGCGCAGAACAAACGCACCGUAUGCCAAGCCAAAGUCGUCUGUAUAACUAUAUGGUUAAUUUCCCUUGGUUGCAGUAUUCCAUACGGUGCUUAUAAACAAGUGUUUCAGUACAAAAACUCUACUGUUUGUGGUGCCCCAAGAAUCACUGCAACAGUUCAUAGAGAUCUCAUUAUUUUCAGAAGUGUGGUAGGGUUCUUUAUCCCCUUUGUUAUUAUCCUAGGAUCAUAUUUAGCUAUCGGUAAGCGUAUUAUAUCCCUUCAGAGAAAGAAGAAAUUAAAACCCUUCCGGAUCAUUCUGGCAGUAAUUCUGGCCUUUUUCCUCUGCUGGCUGCCAUUUCACGUAUUCCAGUAUUUGGACUUGAAGUGCAACUCUGACGGCGAUUUCAGCGGGACCCUUUGUAGGGUCGUGUCUGUUGGAGUGCCCCUAUCCACUAGUGUGGCAUUUCUAAACAGCUGCCUGAACCCCGUCCUGUAUGUCUUUUUGUGUGAGAACUUUCAACAGAAGUUCCGUCAGUCCAUCCUGUCCGCUCUAGAGAGCGUCUUUUUAGAGGAACAUCUCUUUAUAAACAUUGGCAAAUCCAAACACACACAAGCAAAACCCCUGAAUCAAGACCAAAUGAACGAAACUGGGGCCUUUCUAAUGACUCAGAAUAACUGAGAGUUAAACUUAUUUACACUGGCAGACAAAGUGGGCCAAAUAAGGAACUGUAUAAAAAUAAUUAUUUCCUUAUUGCAUUUGGCCAUUUGCAUCAUAUGUUCAUUGUGCAAUCUUCAAUAGGGUGAAAUUGACAUUUUAGACAAUAAUACAAUGUAGCAAACUAAUUUUAAAAAUUAAAGAAAAUUGAUGUGUUAUGGUAAUGGGUUCAUGAGAAUGACCCAUAUUGUACUUAAGAACGAAUCCAUAUACUUUUUCCCUAUUCAAAACAAUUUCUGUGAACUAUCAAAUAUGACUAACCAAUAGAUAUGGUGUAAAUAUGAUGUAAGAUUGCAUUUGGCCAUGUAGAGGUGUGUGACUUAAUAUGGCAUUCCAGAACACGUACUGAAAAUGCAAUUAGAAUCACUUAAGACAGUGGCCGAAUGUGUGCAAGGGUAAUUUACAUGUGACACACCGAUAUUUUGAUGUUUCUCUUCCCAAAGUGCGUAUCUAGCCUAAGGCUCUGUCCAAAUUCAGGGGUGCAUCCUUCGAAGAACGUGGUCUAUGAAGACAUGAGGCAAUUCCCAAUAUGGCUACUUAACUGUACUUGUAUACCCAUUUUAUGUCAUCUUCCAUUGCCGAAGACAAGUUCCAAUUCUUCAACAGAAGUACAGAGGACUGUAGAAAUCCUUGGAUGUCGUUCUUGCCCUGUCCCAAAUAUCAAGAAUGCAUUGGUGCACCCUUGCCAAAUGAGACCAGUUCCAUGAUUCAUUGUGCCCCAAAUUCUUGUGAGGCAAAUUAGCAAGACCAGUCUUACUAAGACCACAGGUACUAUUUUCAUAUUCUAGGUAUUGAGAAAUACCCUUAGCCUUUGUAGGCUGCGUUCUUCAAAGGUUGACCACUAUUUGUGUCACCAGCUGUUCCUGCCCUUACCCUUGAGUCUUAGCCAGGACACGCCCACUUUACCUCUGCAAAAUGAAUCUUGGGAUAUGUUGGCUACAAAAGAUCUAUCAGGUGCAUCCUUCGUGGAAAUGGGCCGAGAAGCCUUGUUGAACUGCUGUGACACACUCAGUCUUCGAGCGCAACUUUACAAGGAUACAGCCCCUGAAUUCGGUGUGUUCAGUGUAUUUAAACCCCAGACUUAAGUUGAUCAGAAAAUACGCUUAAGUGUAAAAAGCAUGCAGCUGCACACCUUUUUUACUUCAGCAUAUCGCAGACCCCCCAUAAAGCUUCUAUUACCCUCUUAAAAUGUAUUGGUAACAAUCCUAAUUUUCUUUAUGAACAUAAUAAAAUGAAAACCAGACUUAGUACUAAAUUCAGGGUAGCUUUUGACACCUUUUCAUGACUAUAUACAGUGGAACCUUGGAACUCGAACGCCUCUUAAUUGGAUCAACUUGGACAUUAAACAGGUCUGUUUAAUUUUUUUCGACUUGUACCUAGACUGAAAUCAUGGAACUUGACCGUUCCUGCUAAAAUUUAUAUCCAAUCCAAUCCAACUUUAUUUAUAAAGCACUUUAAUCAAACCAGCACAGGACCAAAGUGCUGUAUAGUAAAUAAGUUAAGAAAUUAGAUUAAAUGAAACAGCAUCAUAAAAAUAAGAACAAAAAUAAAACACAUAAUACAUAACGGCCCUAUAUUAAAACAAUAUAAAACAACAUAUAAUUAACUAAAACAAUCAAAAUGAAAAAGAGCUAAAACACACAUUUCACAAGGUGACAAAGGCCAGGGUAUAGAGAUUUUUAUAGAUGUUUUUAGAAGUGAUUUAAAAACAGAGUAGAGGCCUGUCUAAUAAUAAGGCAAAUCAUUCCACAGUUUGGGAGCUUCUACAGCAAAGGCAUAGUCUCUUGCAAGUUUACACUUAGUCCUGGGUACAUUCAGGAGCAGCUGAUUGGCUGACCUGAGAAAGCAGGUGGGUGUAUAAGGCAGUAGCAGCUCAGAGAGAUAGGAUGGGGCAAAAGCUAAAAAAGAGUAAAGCUAAAAUAGGGGAAAUGGGCUCAAACUUCUGAGUGCCAGUUAAAAGACGAGCUUGUAUGGGUUGAGACACGUUCAACUCUGCCAAUUCAGAACUUAAAUGGGGCGGUAAAGUGCUUUGGAGCAUGGGAUUGACAUUUGUUUGAUGUUUAUCGCUUUUGUAUGCGUGCUUUUUCAUGUGUGUAUUAGCUUUAUAUUGAUUGUCAAUGCUUUUUUAUCAUUAAUAAGGUAGGUAGAUAAGUUUAAAUAAUGGAUUAAAUUCAUUUACAUUAUUUCUUAUGUGGAAAUGUAACCUGAACCUCAACCAAAUCACAGUUUGUGUUUCAAGCUACCACUGUAUUUGUUUUUAAUUUGCGUUGUAUAUUAUAAUACUAAAUAAAUAAACUUACAAUAACACUA